CCGCCGUUGUUUUUACGUUCACUACUAUUUCUCUCACUAAUCCGAUCUUAACAAAUGUAAUUGGCAAAUAAUAAAUGCAGUCACUGUGUGGACUAAAAAUUCUUAAUAGUACGGUGACUUUGUCUUUUCUUUUCUAAUGGAGUGCCGUUUGGAACAAAUAUGUCGUCUAGAGACGUUAUCAAUCAUAUUUACUACUUAAAUUUCGGAAAGAAGCUGUCUUGGUUUUGUGGUGGUUCCUUUCUUCUUCUGCCGCUUUUUAGCUGUUUGCUCCUUUGGGUAUUUGAGGGUAUCUGCGUUUGGGGACUGUAUCUGCUGCAAGAGGUCUGUGACACAUGAAGAUGCCAGCGGCAUUCCUUUUGCUGCUGGCAUUGUGCAAUGCAGUCGUAAUUUAUGGGCAAGAGAGCAAUGGACGGUGUGAUUAUAAGUUGACAUUCGACCCUAGGCCGCACAGUGUGUCCAUUUUGGAAUUUGGUGCUGUUGGAGAUGGCAAAACAUUGAAUACCCUUGCCUUCCAAAAUGCAAUUUUCUAUCUUAAAUCCUUUGCGGACAAGGGUGGUGCACAGCUCUAUGUGCCUCUGGGAAGAUGGCUUACCGGAAGUUUCAAUCUUACCAGCCAUCUCACUCUCUUCUUGGAAAAGGGUGCUGUCAUUCUCGGAUCUCAGCAUACGACGUCAAAGCUGCAGAACUUUUCGCACAACCGAAUUUACCGUCUUCAUCAACCGCCGGUGAGAUACAACAGAACUUGCAGGAGGGUAGUCCGUGUGCAUCGAUGAUAUUAAGAUAGAAGUUGAAGAGUUGCUAUUGAGAAGUUUCUUCCUGAACUGAAUUUUCGAGUUAAACACUUGUCAAGUUCAACUCUUUCAAUGCUUGGAGUUUUCAAGUUGUUUGGUUUUUAUUUGGCGGGAAAAUGGGUUCUUCCAAUAUUAGAGAUAUCUUGACAUCUUUUAGUCCUUCUCUGGAUUUAUUGGCUAUCUGCACUGGAGAUGAUCGUAUUAAGGUAACAAUGUUGUUGUUGUUGUGGUUUUUCUUUUUCUUUUUCCUGGGUUACGUAUGGGACACUCUAAAGGGUCAAAUCCAAACUGAGUUCGCAGACAUUGUGUCAAGUGAAGCAAGUGGAAUAUACAGGAAACCAGAAAGAAGGCAACUUUCAGUUGAUUACAAGUGCAUGAAGUGUCACUUCUGUACAGCGACCGCCACUUGUUUGCAGAAGAAAAGGAAGCUUGGAACUUCGCUCCUAAUUGUAGGAACUGGUGGUGGUGAUGUUUUAGCACUGGAUGUGUCUGCUGGUCAGUUGAAGUGGAAAAGUGCUGGUGCUGAUGGAAUGGUAUGUGAAAUUGAUUCACUGACUAGCAAUGUAUCAGGAAAAAAGUUGAAAGCUUCUACAAAAGCAAUAUCCUGUAUGGCAGUUUCAUCAGAUGGAAAGAUGUUAGCAACUGCUAGUGCACAAUUGAAAACUUUUGAUUGUUCCAACCAUAAAAAGAUUCAGAAGUUUUCUGGUCAACCUGGAGCUGUUCGGUGUAUCGUUUUCACUGAAGAUGGGAAGUUUAUUCUUUCAUCUGCUGUUGGUGAAAGAUACAGUGCUAUGUGGAGAACAGAUGGUGGCAAAAAGCAGUUAGCUAGUUGUUUACUUGCAAUGGAGCACCCUGCUGUUUUUGUAGAUAGUAGAUGUGUUGAAAAUGGGGUUCUGUAUGUUUUUGCCAUUUCUGAAAAUGGUAUCUGUUAUUUUUGGUAUGGUCAAAAUACUGAGAAAUUAUGCAAUGCAAAGCCCACAAAAGUUACAUUAGCUUUGGAUGGUCUUUACUCAAAGGGUCACAAAGGUGCUUUACCUGCAAUAUUUGCUGCAAAAUUACAAGGGGUUCCCAAGCCUGCAUUGCUUCAUGCCUUUCUUGCCUAUGGCUUGCUGGUAAAGCCAUCAUUUAAGAAAAUUGUGAUGCAUUAUGGCACAGAUGUAAUGUUGAAUAGCUCUCAGGAUGGAGUCCUUCUGCCAACAAUUACUGCAUUGGACUGUGCAAAUGCAGAGGAUGCAUUAAUUCCAAUUCCAGUGGUUUCUGACCUUCAAGACCAAAAGGAUAGAUAUCAAAACUUGAGUAUUGAUGUUGAUGAAGAAAUGGCUGAUUUAGUUGGCAGUGUGGAUGAAUCCAAAUUGGGGGAUGGUGAAGACAUGGUAGAAUUAGAUGCUGGUUCCAAAAUGCUUUGCAUUGAGGACAGGCCAAGGUCAUUCGGAAUGCUCCAUAGUCUUACAUCCGACUCCACACUUGAUGCUACAAUGUUCAAUGGUAAGCUUAGCUUGCUUCAGUUUAAUAUAUCUCCUCUAACAGAAAAGAACAGUUGUUUUAUCCUUGGCACCUAGUCAGACAGUAGAAGAUAUGUCCUUCCAUGGAUAUACAGUAUAUCGGUGAAUCACAGUCAACAUAACAUGUCUCAGGAAACUGUAACACAAAUGCUUGAUUCCUUGUUGAAGAUUACCAAAUCCAAAAGGGUGGCUAUUCAAUCAUCGCUGCAGUUAUCAGGUCAUUUGCAACUUGCAACAACACAGACUGAAAAGGCAACCUGGAACAAAACUCACCCCUCAGCAUAUCACCAGAUGGAUGAAAGUGAUGAUGAGGAUGAUAGUGAAAGAUGAACGUUUGGGUGGGCGACGAUGAUAACUAAGUGAAUUUAUGUGAGAGGAAACAGUGUGUUAUACAAAUAUUCAUUCUAUUUAUUACUGAUUGACAAGGCUACUUGUUGGAUCCUUUCUGUGGGAAGAAAUUUUGCUUUUCAUC